GCGAAGCUGUUUCAAGGCUUUCUUCUCCUGCAGGGUGAUGGUGUGGGACGUCAGUAAGAGAGAGGCUGUGUGCGGGAGCCCGGCCUCGCCGCGCAGCGCCGGCAAUGCCAACGUCGUCAUGUGCUCCAGCUGCAGGGACGAGGUGUUUGUCACUGCUGGAAAUUUCACCAUUCGAGUGUGGGAACUCGACACAGCAACUAAAACAAUCCAUCCAUCUGAAUGCUACGCGGGGCAACUGAGAGGAAUCACCGUGUGUGUUCAGAUGACAGACGAUGAUGGUGAUUUUCAUCUUGGCACGACGAGUGGAGAUGUCCUGACAGUGAACACAAGCAGCAAGGUGCUGACUGCCUGUGGGCCCCAGAAGAAGAAGUUGAGCAUGGAACGACCCCUGAACGACCACCAGAGGACACUGCGCAUGCUUAGAGUAGUUCCAAGGUGUUGCAACUGA